ACAUCAGUACUGAGAGUGGAGGAAUCAGUCCACACCGCAGAGGUACACAAACAGGAAAGGUUAGAGCGACCACAAGCACUGUAGCUUGGCAUUCUUAAAUCCAGUUACUGAGGACAUCUGGUGACAGAGACCAAGCCCCUGCUGCGGGAGCCUAUCCCAAGCUUGGACUUUCCUGUUUCACUGUAGUUUGGCAUUCUUAAAUCCAAUUGCUGAGGACAUCUGGUGUCAGAGACCAAGCCCCUGCUGCGGGAGCCUGUCCCAAGCUUGAACUUUCCUGUUUCAUCCAGCAGGUGUCUACCGCACAGCCAACUCACAGCAGGCUUCAAGCCCCCGCCUGAGUUUCAUUGGAGCAGCUCUUAGGAAGAAUUUCAGCUUGGGGACAGAAUGGCUGCUAAGAAAAUGGACAUCAUUGUUGAUCCUAAAAGCCCUUCUGGUGAGGUGGUUCUAAAUGUAGGAGAAGUCACUCUUGGAAUAAAAAGUAGGGAGAAAAUGCAGGAAACUCAGAAGAAAAACCAGAGAGCAAGCAUUUUAAAAGCUGUGUGUGCUCUGCUGAAUUCUGAAGGGGGCGUGGUCAAGGCUCAAAUUGAAAAUCAGGACUAUAAUUUCAACAAACAUGGACUAGGGGAAGAUUUGGAUACCUCCUUUAAGGCUAUUCUGCCACUUGUUCAGUACCACCUAGACUUCAAGCAGAAAGGAUGCCACUUUUUCAUCUCUGUGAAGUCAUUCAGUUCAGGUAUCUUUGGUUUGCAGUUUGCCACCAUUGCGACCAAUUUGUACAUGAGAAAUGGGGCCUCCUGUGUUCAAAUGGACUUGAAUACUGCUCUGCAAUUCUUGGAAGACAUAAAAAACCUUGGAUUAGGAUCCCCAGUAAAAACAAGUUUGCUUGACGAAAGGCCUGGAGAAAACGUACAGGAAGAUCUCCACGUGCAAGAAGAAUUGCAUGUGCAAGACAUAAAAAACCUUAGAUUAGGAUCCCCAGUAAAAACAAGGUUGUUUGACGAAAGGCCUAGAAAAAUCGUUCAGGAAGAUCUCCACGUGCAAGAAGAAUUGCACGUGCAGAGGCUGGCUGCUGCUUUUUUUAACCAGACAGUGCUCAUAGAAAUGGCAGAUUUCUCCUUUAGCGAAUCCAAAAAUGUUGAAUAUAAAUCAUUUGAAACAGAUAAUGUGGUAAAACGAGUUAAAGAGAUUCUCCCUCAAACCGUCUCUGCAUUUGCCAACACUGACGGAGGAUAUCUGUUUAUUGGUUUGGAUGAAAAGAAAAAACAAAUAAUUGGUUUUAAAGCAGAUAAGAGAAAGGAGCUAGAGAAGGAGCUAGAGAAGGAAAUAGAGAAGCUGCCUGUCACUCACUUCUGUGAGGAGCAGGCGAAGAUCAAGUACACGUGCAAAUUCAUCCCAGUCCGCAGACAGGGAGCUGUGUGUUCGUAUGUCUGUGCGCUCAGAGUGGAGAGAUUCUGCUGUGCUGUGUUCGCUGCAGAACCCGAUUCCUGGCACGUGGAAGGCAGCCGCGUGAGGAGGUUUACCACGGAGGAAUGGGUCAGGCUCCAGAUGGCUAAAAGUUUAGGGUCAAGAAGGGAAAUUAACGUUUAGAAUACAUUUAGCUAGUUAAGUUGGAAGACUUUCUCUUUAGGUUUGGGGGCAAUAUCUUGAGUCCUGACUUUACUAGGUGAUCCACAGUGGAGCCCUGAAGUCUCAACUGCUUCUGCCACCUCCCUGGGGCAUAGAUUCCUCACACCCUGGGUAUUACUCCACCUACCUCUACGCCUGUGUGAAGAGAGCCUCUCCAUCUCCCCCCUCGGGCUCCGACCCAGGCAGUAGGCAUGUCUUCCGUCAUCCUUGCCUCCGUUGUUUGCCGCUUCACUCCCCACCCGUUUCCCGUUGACUUUUCUCCCUGAGCCCUCUUCCCUUUCAGUCACAUUACAGGAUACACAGCCCUAGAGUCGAUGAUGAGAAAUGUGCCUUGCUGGUGUGCCAGCUUUGCAAAUGAGGCCAGACCGGCACCAGAAACUCCAAGUCUACGCUGCUCCCAGCAGCUGAUGCCAUCUCCUCCCAAGCUCACCACUGCUUCAUUGGCCUCCCAUCUUCUGUUUUCCACAGCUUUUCAAUAAAUGAUAGAUAGAUAGAUAGAUAGAUAGAUAGAUAGAUAGAUAGAUAGAUAGACAGACAGACAAAGAAAAGCGUCAGCAAUGCACUCACAGUGAACACUCUUCUUUGUGAAAAACUGUCCAUUGAUUUGGGGCCCCAUCAGCUCUAGUUUAGAACUGAGAAAGUUUUCAUUUUAAAUGACAAACAUCCUUUGGAAAAUCAUGGAGCUAAUAAAUUCCAAACAAAAUGA